AUGGAGUCGAAAUUGGCACAAAACGUGACGGCAAUGAUCACAAGCACGGGAGCGUCGGGAAUCGCUGUGGCCGAUCGAGAUGGUGUCCCGCUUUACACGACUGGAGAGAUCAGUGACAUGGCGAACGUCGGAUCGCUUCUGAUGGCCGACGCGAAGAAUAUGUUUCCAAAAGGGACGAAGAAUAAGAAGAAUAGUUAUCCGAUUGUAACAUUACACGCAUCCGAUGGAAGCAAGACGACAAUUGCCAACAAACACGGAGAGACCGUCUCGAUUCAUUUCAAAAAAUAA